ACCGGAGCAGGAAGCGGCCGUGAGUGACAGCAGUUCUUUUAACGCGCUUGUGAAACAGCACGCGGGUAUUUGUGCUCAGUGAACAAAUGGCACCGACAGGUGAAGUCGUGUUUGGCUCUGGAGAUCGGGUCUGUGCUGUCAACCAUUUGCGGUGGGAUUUAACUCCUGAUCAGAUCCACCAGCUUACUGAUGACCUCAUCGCCAAAACCAAAAAGGUGUAUGACACCGUUGGCGCCCUGGACCUGGCCACUGUCAGCUAUGAGAACACACUGAAGGCCCUCGCUGAUGUAGAGGUGGAGUACACAGUCCAGAGGAACAUGUUAGACUUCCCUCAGCAUGUGUCAUCUUGCAAAGACGUCCGCACGGCCAGCACCGAAGCUGAUAAGAAGCUGUCAGAGUUUGAUGUGGAGAUGAGCAUGAGGGAGGAUGUUUAUCAGAGAAUCGUGGCUCUGGAGGAGAAGCUGACCGAGAGUUUGUCAACCGAGGCCAAGCGUUACAUGGAGAGACUCAUAAAGCUGGGAAAAAGAAACGGCCUUCAUCUUCCCAAAGAGAAACAGGAGGAGAUCAAAAAGAUCAAGAAGCAGCUGAGCAAUCUGGGUAUCGAUUUCAACAAAUACCUGAAUGAAGAUACGACCACCUUGUCUUUUUCUCGCGAGGAGCUCGGAGGACUCCCUGAAGAUUUCCUCAGCUCUCUGGAAAAGGAUGAGUCUGGAAAGCUGAAGCUCACUCUGAAGUAUCCCCAUUAUUUCCCCACCAUAAAGAAAUGCUUCGUUCCAGAGACAAGGAAGAAGUUAGAGGCAGCCUUUAACUCGCGCUGUAAAGAGGAGAACUCUGCUAUCCUGAAGGAGCUGGUGGAGUUACGCUCUCAGAAGAGCAGUCUGUUGGGUUUCAGCACGCAUGCUGACUUUGUUCUUGAGAUGAACAUGGCCAAAUCCUCAAAGAAGGUCGCUGGCUUCCUUGAGGAUCUGGCCCGUAAGCUGAAGCCCCUGGGUGAGGAAGAGAGAGCCGUGAUCCUGAAACUGAAGGAAAAAGAGUGCCAGAAGAGGAACCUGCCCUUCACUGGAGAGCUUCACGCCUGGGACAUGCGCUACUACAUGACUCAGGUGGAGGAGACUCAGUAUGCUGUUGAUCAGAACCAGCUGAAGGAGUAUUUCCCAAUGGAGGUGGUGACCAAGGGUCUCUUGGACAUCUAUCAGGAGCUGCUCAAUCUCACCUUUCAGCAGGUGGAAGGCGCCCCCGUCUGGCAUGAAGAUGUUACGCUGUAUUGCGUUAAGGACCGCACCUCUGGCCAAGUGGUGGGACAGUUUUAUCUCGACCUUUUUCCAAGAGAGGGCAAGUACGGCCAUGCCGCGUGUUUUGGCCUACAGCCCGGCUGUUUGCUGCAGGAUGGCAGCAGGCAGAUGGCCGUGGCCGCAAUGGUGGCCAAUUUCAGCAAACCCACGGCAGACGCGCCGUCCCUUCUGCAGCACGAUGAGGUGGAAACAUACUUCCACGAGUUCGGACACGUGAUGCAUCAGCUUUGUGCUCAGGCUGACUUUGCCAUGUUCAGCGGGACUCAUGUGGAGCGAGAUUUCGUGGAGGCUCCAUCUCAGAUGUUGGAGAACUGGGUUUGGGAGAAGGAACCAUUGCAGCGCAUGUCCAAACACUACAAAACAGGCAAGCCCAUUCCAGAGGAGCUACUGGACAAACUCAUCAAGUCGAGACUCGCUAAUACAGGGCUGUUUAACUUGAGGCAGAUUGUUCUUGCCAAGGUGGAUCAGGCUUUGCACACUAAGGAUGGACUCGACCCAGCUGAAGAGUACGCUAGGCUCUGCCAGGACAUCCUGGGAAUUCCUGCUACACCAGGAACAAACAUGCCUGCCACAUUCGGUCACCUGGCAGGAGGAUAUGAUGCUCAGUAUUACGGUUACCUGUGGAGCGAAGUGUUUUCUACGGACAUGUUCUAUGCCCGCUUCAGACAGGAAGGCAUUAUGAACCCCAAGGUGGGUCUGGACUACAGAAAGUGCAUCCUGAAGCCGGGAGGCUCGGAGGAUGCGUCCGACAUGCUCAAGAAGUUCCUGGGAAGAGACCCCAAGCAGGACGCGUUCCUCGUGAGCAAAGGUCUCAAAGUGGAGGUCGAGACCGGCACGCCCUGCGCAUGCUGACCGCAUGGAUGUUAGAACGAGCCGCUAAAACCUCAGACAGACUAAAAACUUUAAAUCUCCCUAGAAAGCUCAUUUACACAGCCUAUCACAACCCCACACUAUUGCUAAAAGCUUUGGUUUCUGAUGUAUGAAGCUGUUUUAAAAUGGAAAAUUGUAUUGAAACCUGCCACAAAAAAAAAAAAAAGAACAAAAACAAAACCAUGUUUUGACUC